UUUAGUAUAAACGUAAUUAAGAAUGACAUCUACAUUUAGUAUUGGAGUUUUUAAUUGCUUUUUGAAAACUUAUAUUAUGUAAAAAACAAAAACGGUUUUGUUGUACUUGUUACCCGCUAUUAAUUUACUAGAUUAAGUACUUUACAUUGUAUUACCUUAAGAAAUACUUUGUCUUGUGAAGUUAUUGAUGCUAAUACAACUUGCAAAUCUUAAGAAAUAGUAAUUGUAAAGUAAUACUACUAAUACCAUAGUACUAGUAGUAUUACAGAUUAGAGUAUAAAGUAGUACCGCCGUCGUAUAUGACACUCUUCCUAUGUUAAUCUCUUAAAAGUGAAAAACCACAUUCACACAGUUUUAUUUUUACGGAAUAUUACAUUUACAUUAGUUAUCUCAGCUUGUCUUCUACUUUCUCGUACUAGUGUUGCAAUGAAUGAGUAUGUAGAUGCCCGAUGUAAAUGAGACAUUGGUCAAUGAUUAUUUCAAACUUUGCACUAGUUGUUUGAUUCAGUGAUUAUUAUUUAUUUGCUAGCUCUGCACAUCCUUUUCUUGUGUGUAUCACUUUCUGUCCCGUGUUUUGACAAUCCGAAAUUCUAAAUAUAAUUGUAAAAACAAAACGAAAGCUGAUGGAAUCUGUAACAAAAGUCAGGGUUGUCAUUCAGCAAUGUUUAAAAGCUAAACUAGAAGUGAAGCCUUCUGACAAAGAUAGAAAUGGGAGUGAAUAUGUGGAGAUUGGGCAGGGAAUGGUGAUUUUCAUUUGUUUCAAGCAGAAUGCAUCUGAAGAUAUCUUGGACAAGAUUGUAAAAAGUGUCUUGGGAGUCAAGUUGUGUGAAUCAAAAUCAGGAAAACUUGUUUCAAUUUUAGAGCUUCCUGGUGAUAUGUUAAUUAUACCACAAGCCUGCCUUGGUGGAAAGAUGAAAGGGAAAGCAGUCCAAUAUCAUGGUCUUAUUGAGAAAGAUAAUGGAGUCAAGCUUUAUCAUUCUUUUGUUGAACUGUGCCAGCAUAUGGUUUCAAACAAUCCAAAAUCCAUUGAAAUGGGAACAGUUGUGAAAAAUGGUAUAUAUGGAAACAGACAGGUCCUAUGUAUGGACACCAAUGGACCUUUUACUCAUGUGUUUGAUUUUUAAUGAAAAACGAGUUAAGUGCUUUAUUAAAUAAAUUGAUAUUUCCAACAAAAUUUCAUUUUACAUUGCGAGUUUGUGUGCAUGGAAUCAUAUAUACAGGUGUGAACAAUGUCUUGUGUCUCUUAGUUUGUUUUAAAUACAAGUUAUUUGUGCAUUGUAAUGCUGUGAUGUGAAAAAAACAACUUAAGUAACACUUUAUAAGAAUAGACAAUGAAAAUAAUCAUAAUGUCUAUUAUAAAUUAGGUUCUCUUUAUUCGUUAAAGGACAUUUCUGUUUAACAUUGUUUGAGCAAAAACUAUUGAAAAGUUUUGUUUUAACCUAUGAUUACCAUUAACUAUUAGGCCUAGAUAGGUGCAUCUUGCAUUGAAUUUAGAAAAUUAACUUGUAGUUACUUAAAAAUUGCCACUUUAGAGUUGAAAGUUAAUAAAAAAAAUGUUGUUUAUACAUAAUUCUUUUAUUUCAGCAUGCUCUGAACAAAGACAUUUGUGUUUGUGAAUUUCCCAACUGUUUUCUAAGCGUAACAUGGCAGGUACUCUUAGUUCCCAAGGAGGAAAUAAUAACAGUUUAGAACAAAAUAAUGCUAAUUUGACCUUUUAACAUUAGUACAUGUGUAAUUUUUAUUGAUUUUUAGUCAAUUGUUGUUUCCAAACCACCAUUGUUAUGGUGUGAUUAAUUGCAUACAUUUCAGGUUUUAUAAGUCAUAUACAUAUAAAAAUAUAAUGAAAGUUA